AUGGAUAAAGCAUUAUUUUACUUAAGCAAUCAUUCAGAUAAUAUAUGUAGUGUAAAGUUUUUUGAUGAAAAUAAUCUUUUAUCUAGUUGCAAAUGUGGACUUGUUACCUUAUGGGAUUUAAGUAAUAUGAAAAGUGUACACAAUUAUAAGGUGUCUAAUUAUACUGCAUUAUAUUCUAAUUUUUUUAAUAAUGAGAAUUUUUUUGUAAAAACAAAAGAAGGUUCAUUAAAGAUAUGGAAUAUAAAAUAUGAUAAAUGUGUUAUAAAAUUAAAUGCGAACAACUUUACUUUUGCUAAACCUUAUUCCAUAAAUAAUAAAUUAAUUACUCCUAUAAAUCAUAAUGGGGAUAUAGCAAUAUAUGAUAUAAACAUUAAACAGAGUAAUUUAUUUGAUAAAGACAUAUUUACCAAUGAUGAUAUUUCCUAUUGUAAUAACACGCCUAUACAUAAGGGAAUACAAUCAAAUGAGAAUGAUACUCAUAUUAAUAAUAAAUCAAAUAAUAAAAAUCAUAAUAAUUUCAAUGAUAAUAUAUUAACUUAUAAUAAAACAAAUACAUAUAAUAAUCUUGUUAUAUCAUUUAAAGAGAUAAAAAAUAAAAUAGGGAAUAUAGAAAUAAUAUGUGAUAAAGAAAACAAAGAGUACAUAAAAUUUCCGAAUAACAAUUUAAAAAUGUGUAAUGAAGUAAUAGAUAUAUAUCCUUUAAAAUAUUUUGGUGAAACUUUUAUGCUUGUUUGUUACGAACCUUCUUUAUUUUGUAUAUAUGAUUAUAGAAUGACUAAUAAUUUGAUUUCAAGUUUUAUGUUAGAUAUGAAUAAAAAUGUUCUAAGCUAUAAUAUAAAUAAUAAUAAUUGUAUAGUUAGUACGAAUAGUAACUUUAUGUAUUACUUAACUUUUGAUAAAAAUCAAAAAGUUCAUUUAAAAAAAGUAAUACAUAAUGAAUACAAUAAUAAUAAUGUAGUAAUAAGAUCAGAUGAUAAAAUUUUCCUAUCUAUUUCAAAUAAUUCAACUAUUAAUAUAUAUGAAUUACAUAAAGUGAAAUUAAUAGAUAAAAUUUCUUCAUAUAAAUUUAAUCAUUUUAACUUUCUUGAUUUUCAUAAUUUAUCUGGUUUUUUUGCAGCAGCAGAAAAUUCCAAAAUUUCUAUUUGGAGUAAUCAUGCUCAUAGUUUUAAUUCAAUUAAAAAUAACUAA